GUCAAAAUUACGCGCCAAAAUCCGGCUUGGAAGUUGGACUCGAGUGUGUGUGCCCGUUGUUGUUUGUGAACAAAAACUUUUGCGUAUUAAACCUGUUAGCUUUUGGAUACCAAUAAUUAGUAACAAUGGAAGGAUUUGAUGAUCCCGGUGUCUUUUUCUCUGACAAUUUCGGCGUUGAAGAGAAUGAAUCUCAAGAUCAACUUAACCUGCAAGCAGUGAAAAAGAAGUUCAAAGAAUUUAUCCGACAGUUCCACACCGGUAACUUUAACUACAAAUACAGAGACGCCUUAAAACGUAACUACAACCUAAGUAAUUACUGGGUGGAGAUCAAUAUUGAAGAUUUAUCUAGUUUUGAUGAGGUUUUAGCUGAGAAAUUGUACAAAAAGCCCACAGAACAUUUACCCAUUUUGGAGGAAGCUGCUAAAGAGUUGGCUGAUGAGCUGACAGCACCAAGACCUGAAGGAGAGGAGAAAGUUGAAGACAUUCAAGUCCUGUUGUCUUCAGAUGCACAUGCUGCUAAUCUGAGGGAGUUAAAAUCUGAAACAGUCUCCCGACUUGUGAAAAUACCAGGCAUUGUUAUAUCUGCCUCAGGCAUCAAAGCGAAAGCAACAAAGAUCUCUAUUCAAUGCAGAUCAUGUCGCAACAUCAUUCCCAACUUACCCGUGAAGCCUGGAUUGGAAGGAUAUGUUAUGCCCAGAAAAUGCAACACAGAACAAGCUGGUCGACCAAAAUGCCCAUUAGAUCCUUACUUCAUCAUACCAGACAAGUGCAAGUGCAUUGAUUACCAGGUACUCAAACUGCAAGAAGCUCCAGAAAGUAUCCCUCAAGGAGAGAUGCCGCGUCAUUUGACAGUAUACUGCGAACGUGUUCUGUGUGAGCGAGUCGCCCCUGGUGCCAGGGUCACUGUACUCGGCAUAUACUCUAUUAAAAAGAUUGCCAAAAUUGGGAGGGAAGGCCGAGACAAAGGCUCAGUAGGUGUCCGUUCCUCCUACCUCCGUGCUGUCGGUCUAACGGCCGAGGAAGGAGUCACUGGAGGUCUCCGACCAUUCACUGCUGAGGAAGAGGAGCAGUUCCGAAGACUGGCGGCAUCACCUGAUAUUUAUGAUCGUAUUGCGAUGUCGAUAGCACCCAGUGUUUUUGGAGCUAUAGACAUGAAAAAAGCUAUCGCCUGCCUUUUAUUUGGUGGUUCACGCAAGAGAUUACCUGAUGGUCUGACUCGCAGAGGAGACAUUAACAUAUUGCUCCUGGGUGACCCUGGUACAGCUAAGUCACAACUGCUGAAAUUUGUGGAGAAGGUCGCUCCUAUUGGUGUGUACACCUCUGGCAAAGGUUCCAGUGCAGCUGGUCUCACUGCUUCUGUGAUCAGAGACCCAGGCAGCCGUAACUUCGUUAUGGAGGGUGGUGCUAUGGUCCUUGCCGAUGGCGGUGUUGUAUGCAUUGAUGAAUUCGACAAAAUGCGUGAAGAUGACAGAGUGGCUAUCCAUGAAGCCAUGGAACAACAAACUAUUUCCAUUGCCAAGGCUGGCAUUACCACAACAUUAAACUCUCGCUGCUCAGUCCUGGCAGCCGCUAACUCUGUGUUUGGUCGAUGGGACGACACCAAAGCUGAUGACAAUAUUGAUUUCAUGCCCACUAUUCUAUCAAGAUUUGACAUGAUCUUCAUUGUCAAGGAUGAACAUGACCAAAACAGGGACAUUACUUUAGCCAAGCAUAUCAUAUCAGUACAUAUGGGUGGUGACAGCGUAGAACGUGAGACUGCGGCUGGUGAGCUACCUCUCGCGUUGUUGCGACGGUACUCCGCCUACUGCCGCGCCCGCUGUGGCCCGCGUCUGUCUGCCAGUGCGGCAGAAAGAUUACGAGCCCGAUACGUGCUCAUGAGGACCGGAGCCUCUCAACACGAGAGACAAGUUGACAAACGUCUCUCCAUACCUAUUACAGUCAGACAACUGGAAGCUGUUGUCCGUAUAUCUGAAUCUCUUGCCAAGAUGCAACUGCAGCCUUUUGCUACAGAAGUCCACGUUACAGAAGCACUACGAUUGUUCCAAGUAUCCACACUGGACGCCGCUAUGACUGGCAGUUUAGCAGGUGCUGAAGGAUUCACCUCGGAAGAAGACCAUGAAAUGUUAUCGCGCAUUGAGAAGCAACUGAAGCGCAGGUUCGCAGUAGGUUCUCAAGUCUCGGAACAAACAAUCAUUCAAGAUUUCCUCAAACAAAAGUACCCAGAGAGGGCUAUCCUCAAAGUUAUACACACUAUGAUUAGACGCGGGGAAUUACAACACAGACUGCAAAGGAAGAUGCUGUAUAGGCUCUCGUGAUUUUUUUCUAUCAUGUUACUAUUAUUACUUGUAUUUUUUUAUUGUAAGUGAAUAAAAAAGUUACUGAUUUA